UGACAUCAAAGAAAUAAUUAUAGGUAACCUUGUGUUUCACAUUUUGAAUGCCUAAUUCGUCUAUACUGAUUGAAAACUAUUAUAUUAUAUUAUCCUCUUACAUUAUUUAAUGUCACCAGCAAAGUAAUGUACUUUUUGACAUUUAUAUCGGUGCUCAUUUUUGGUCUAAUCGAAGGAGCAGCGGCAAGACUACACAUCGGCCGGUGUCCUAACGUCACUACGGUGUCCAAUGUGACGCUUGAGGAGCUGACUGGUGUCUGGUACGAGAUCGAGAAGUAUGACGUCAUAAUGGAGAGGAUGUUCUAUCGGUGCAACUUCCUCUAUCUCUCGAUUGGGAAGACUACAAAAGGUUCCGAAUUUCUUUAUGCGCAGAAAGCUGGCAAUUACGGAAGAGGUUCGAGAUACGUGACCGGAAAAAUCGUGCAACUCAAUCCUCCCUCCGGACACAUGUACUCGAGGUUCCGGGCUAGCCAGGAACUGGUCUCUCGGAAGUUUCGACACAAUCUAAUCUUGUUUGAUCCUGACAACUACGCAGUGUUUUAUGGAUGUGACUCAUAUUGGUUCGGAUCUGAGUAUAUGUGGGCAUAUAGUCGAUCGCCUUUGAUACCGACAAACACUCUAGCCUACAUUCACGAACAAAUGCGCAGGCAAGGAGUGGAUUUGAAGGACUUAGUGUAUACUGAUCAAGCUCAAUGCUUGCUGAGGGAAAACAAUAACAUAUAAUUUCAACAAAAAAAAACAGAAACAUCGUUUCGGUACAGACAGCUCAUUCGAAAGGCUGAAAAUUGGUUAUUCAAGACGAAAAAAUCUAAUUCAUCAUACUUGAUUUUGCCGUUUUCCAAUUUUUUGAAAUUGAAAUUUAGCUUUGGGGUUAGAAUUCGGCGCAAAGUCGGAAACGCAGAUGAACGUCAGAUGGUAUCGAGUGAUAUAUCAAAUUGAAACACUUUCAACUCCUAUUCAAACUGUCAUACCGUAACGUAUGGUAUCUAUCAAUAUAGAAUCAAAAUGGAUUGUUAAUCAACAAAUAAGGUAUUAUUGAGAACUCAAAGAAAACAACUAGUUCUGAAAGUCUUUAUUUAAGUUCUAACCAUCAUAGCAUGAUGUUGCGCUUUCAUAAAUUGCACAAGAUCAAGUGACCUGCUGAACGCAGUGAGAUAUAAAUAAAUACAACUGAAUAUCUAACUUUGCCAAUCCAGCCAAAUGACAUUCCUCCCCGGAAAAAACCCAAAACAUUCAUUGAUAUGAGUUUUAGGUCCCUGUAGGACCCAAGUUCUUGUGUCCCAGUAGGACAAUGUUGAGUUUUCGAGUCCUCAUUGGACAAUAUAGCUUCUUAUGCGGUUUUUUUUCCCAACUUCUGUUGAAUUUACUCAUCAUCUCGAUCGGUUUUCUCGUCAUCUUGAUCCUCGUUUUGGUGUUCCUUUAGGUCCUUAGGUAGUCUCUUUUGUGAUUUUGACGUUUGUGUUCUCGACGUUUUUGUUUUGUACGCUUGUUUCCACGAGGACUUCAUUGUCUUGUGUUUUUCUGUGGACUGUCUGAGGGGGACACUAAAUUGAUGAUUUCCAUUGUUUGUUGCUCUUGGCUUUAUGACCUCCAAAAAUUUCCAAGAUGAAGCGAUAACCCAGAUAACGUAACCACACUAGAACCAAUGCCAUCUUCAUUUGUUAAAAUGGCAUCAGGUCGACUUAUUAAAAUCAUAGGCAAAUGCAGAAAUAAGUUUCAACUUGAUAAGUUUGAAUUUCACAACGAAUUCUUAGUUCUCCCAGCAAUGAACAGUAUGAUUUUAGGAAACCCCUUUUUCAAAAAACACGACAUUGAUGUUUGUCCCACACGAAAUCUUUUAAAACUCCCACAAAUGACAUUCCAUAUGAAUAACAU